AUGAGCUUGGUGCAGCACAUGAACCUCAGGUUCCUGGGCCGUCGCUACCGCGAGCUGGCCAAAAUCUGGAUUCCCACGGUGGGCGUGUGGGGUGCCACGGGCGCCGUGGGACUGGUGGGGGCCACCGGCUGGCAGCUGAUUCUGGACUGGGUGCCCUACAACAACGGCAAGUUUAAGAAGGACAAUUAA